AUGGCACUGCACAGCACGGUGCGGCACGGCAUGGCACAGCACGGUGYAGCAGUGCACGGCACGAAGGAGCUGGUGCGGCCCGUGUGUGCACACACCAAGGCCUACUUUAGGAACUUCAACCUCUCUUUUUGUGAUACUUACACGAUCUGGGACCUGCUGCGGGAGAUGGCCGGCCCGGACAGCCUGGACUGCAGCCUGGACAACCUCCUGGUGGACUUCGUGGCCGCGGCGGCCGGGGCGCUGGGCGGCGAGGCCUGUAGCAGCUGCGUCCAGGCGUACCAGAGGCUGGACCAACACGCUCAGGAAAAAUACGAGGAGUUCGACCUCUUGCUGGAGAAAUACUUGCAAUCGGAUGACUACUCGGUUAGAUCCUGCAUAAGAGACUGCAAGGCUGUCUACAAGGCCUGGCUGUGCUCCGAGUAUUUCAACGUGACGCAACAACAGUGCCGACACCGGAUCCCAUGCAAGCAAUACUGCCUGGAGGUGCAGACCAGGUGCCCAUUCGUGUUGCCGGACAACGACGAGCUGAUCUACGGCGGCUUGCCGGGCUUCAUCUGUGCGGGGCUGCUCGAGACCCAGCUGCCCGAGGAGGAGGCCAAGUGCUGCGAAGUGCAAUGGGACUCGUGCGCCCCGCCAGCAGACAGCAACGACGACACAGCCCCCCGGCCCCCGGCCCACGAGUCGCUCCAUUCCCACCUCCAUCACCAGCGGCAGAACCACCACCACCUCUACCACCACCACCACCACCACCAGUACCACCAGCCGCACCCGCCAUCGCUGCUGCCCGUCUCCGCYGGCUCCCGCCUCGGCCACAGCCGUCUCCGCCUGUGCGUCCUGGUCCUCAUGCUUCUGCACACCAUGGUGUCCCUGUCGAGCGUGCACGGCGGCGCGGCCGGUGCGGGGCUCCCGCUGGACGCCCUGCCCGCCCUGGAGGAGGGYGUCGCGCGGGACGAGUGACGCGGAGGCGAAGGGAGGUCUCCAAGAGCAAUGCCAGAUCUUUUUCCACUAAGGGGGGCACACGCUAUUCCUCCAAUGGGAGGCACGGGAUUGGGGGUGACGCACACACACACACCCCCGCACAUCCCCCCAAGAGCUGCUCGCGCGGGGCAUCCC